AUGGCUACUUCAAUUUCUGCAACUGGGUUUCAAGGUGGUUUUUGUGCUUCUUCUCAUGGAAGUUGGAAAUCAUCCAUGGCUGGUGAAGAUUACACCAUGCUGGCCAAGUCCGUGCCAACCCGUGUUCGAGUCGGAAGGCCGGUGAGAUCAGUGCCAAUGAUGAAGAACGUCAAUGAAGGAAAGGGUCUUUUUGCUCCGGCGGUGGUUGUGACGCGUCAGAUUAUCGGCAAGAAGACGUUCAACCAGCUAAGGGGCAAAGCAAUUGCUUUACACUCGCAGGUAAUCACAGAAUUCUGCAAAUCAAUCGGGGCAGAUCCAAAACAACGACAAGGAUUGAUUCGGCUGGCAAAGAAGAAUGGAGAGAGACUUGGAUUCCUUGCAUGA